GUAAAGUUUAUCACAAGGUAGUAAAAUAACAAUAAUUUGUAGAAGUUGUUUAUUUCAUUGGGACCUACUUGUAGACAAUACUUGCAGAAAUCAUUUCAAUUUCAAAUUAUAAUUUUCAAAACAUGACUAAAUUGGAAGUGGUAAUUUUGUUCGCCGUUUUCUUGAAAACAACGAUCAUAACCGCAUUUUCGGAGUCCACAGAAACGGCUAUGGUUCAUCAAACUAGCGACAAAAUACUAGACAUCCUCGAUGCCUUGUUCAUUGCCUUGAAAAUCAAUAGAAACUUCUCAAAAUUCAAUAACGUACAAGAGUAUAUGUCCAAGCACGGUCUUAUACAAGACGCGCUUUAUAAAAACCAUAAAAAAUAUAAAGAAAUACGCGAUAUAAGUAAAACGGAUAUUAGCCAUAAAAAUGCUUAUUACAUUUCAAACAUUAACGAAGUUGUUGACGAGAUGAUAAGGAAUGAAAUGGUGAUAAAACACGAAAAUUACCAGAAUGAUAACAACACAUUGAGUGGAAGACAAGACUUUGUUAACUUAGCAAGAAGAUUUAAUUUAAAUGUCAAAACAAUUGCUGCAACUGUUCUUAAGUUACCUAGCACAAAGAAAGUUAGCAAAGAUGAAGCGCGGCGUAUCUUCGAAGGCAGUAGCACGGGUAUCAAGCGGUACCCGUUCAUGGUGAGCGUGCACGUGGCGGGGCGCUUCGUGUGCGCCGGCUCGCUGGUUCACGAGAGCUUGGCGAUCAGCGCGGCCUCCUGUCUCAUGCGUCCUUCAGAUUUAAAUGCACACGUCCAAAUCCGAGUGGCCAGCGACUUCGUCAGCAAAAUGGGUCACCUCAUAAACAUAGACGAGCUCCUCUUCCAUCCUCAGUUCGACAGGAAAACUCUGGCUAACAACUUAGUGCUUCUACGGACGAAGAAAGCACUGCGGUUCAGACAACAGCGCGUGGUAGCCAUCCAGUACGACACGGCGGCAGCAAGCGCUCUGAAACCCAGCGUCGAACACGUCGUCAUACUGGGCUGGGGUCGAAGAAAGACAGAUGAAGCAGACCUGCGUGAAGAAGACAGACCGCUUUCGGAGGCCAAAGUCGAACUUUACGACUUUAAUGCCUGCCAGUAUAUCUACACAAAAGAUUUCGUUACUGAUAAGGCUUUCUGCGCUGGGUCCGUCGACCGAGGCGCGGGAGCAUGCAACCACGAUGCCGGCGGACCGGCAUUAGUGGACAACGUAUUGGUCGGAGUUAUCAGCUUCGGAUCCCCACACUGCGGCGCCGCAGAAGCACCCACAGUCUUCACUCGCCUCAGUCCUUACGACGAGUGGAUCGAAAGCGUGUUCCAGAAGCUUGCCCAGAAUUUAGAAAUCACAUCCCAGGCAAAUGAACUGAAGGACUAUACUGAAAACAAUGAUAUUCCAGACAUAGACGAAGCUAUGAGGGAUGUAUACCGAGAAAACUACAACGUCAAUGACGUACUUUACGGGCCAAUAGAAACAUUAGACGACAAAGACAACCCUAUAGUAUUUAACCAAUCAUUCUUGCGACAUUUCCCCAGCGACCCAAGCUUGUUCCCUAAUCCAGAAUUUGUGGCAAACUUACCUCAAUCUGAAACUCCGAAACCCAUUAUCCCCGAAAUACCAGACGAGUACUGGAGAGAUGUGCCAUCAAACGAACAGACAGAUCCGACACCCGAUAAGUAUGCACCUGAAGAUCAGUUUGAUACAACAACAUUGGCUACAAUGACAACAAAUAUAGCAUAUGGCUCACAAGGCAUUUACGAGGACAUCGACGGGUCUACAAAUGAUCAUACCACAACAGAAACAAGUCUAAGUAAAAAUUACUUUGACAAUACACUUAAUGACAUCAAAACAAACCCUGAAGAAAACUGUGCUAUUGAAUAUAUUUCAUGCAAAAAAGGUAAUAAGAAAGGACCGAAAGCUUCAAAUUUACUACGCGAAAAUCCAAAAGAUUUUGAAGGUUUAAGAGACCAAAUUGAACUAGAGCAACCAAUAAAAUCUAAAAUUGAUAAUGUCGAAGAUGAUAUGGCAGUAAUUGUAAUGUUCGAUUCUGGUACUACUGAGAGAAUUGAACUGCAUAAAAACGAUCCCAUUUACGAAAGAGGAUUUAAAGCAUUAGCAGCUAAAACUCGUCUAGCUCAGGAGUUUGUUUAGACUUUUAACAAGAAUGAUCUUGAAAUUGGUAUAUUCUUUUGAUUAUGAUGAUUUGUUUUUCCCCAAAUUAAAAUGCACCUACAUUUCAAUAUUUUUAAGAACUUAUUGUACCUACUGUAGUAUUUCGCCGCUAUACUUACUCAACCUCGUAGGUAUCUGCAACACUCAUUUGAUGACAAAAACACCCGUAUUCCGAAUGAAAGAAAAGCGACAUUUCCAUCAAAUUAUUGUUGCAGAUAUGAGGUUUCAU